AUGGAUUAUAUUGAUCCCACUCGAGCUUUUGUCAAGAAUGUCAAGCGUAUCAUCGUCAAGGUUGGAACUGCUGUGGUCACUCGUGGUGAUGGAAGACUGGCAUUGGGCAGAUUAGGAGCUUUGUGUGAGCAGCUUAAAGAUAUAAAUUCUCAAGGCUAUGAGGUUAUUCUGGUGACCUCAGGAGCUGUUGGUCUUGGCCGUCAAAGGCUGAGAUACAGGAGAUUGGCAAAUAGCAGCUUUGCUGAUCUCCAAAACCCACAAAAUGAUUUGGAUGGAAAAGCUUGUGCAGCUGUUGGACAGAGUAGUCUCAUGGCUCUUUAUGAUGCCAUGUUCAGCCAGCUUGAUGUGACUUCCUCUCAGCUUCUCGUGACAGAUAGUGUUUUCAGGGAUGAAGCUUUCAGAAAGCAGCUCUCUGACACUGUGAGGUCUUUGUUGAAACUGAGGGUUAUUCCUAUAUUCAAUGAAAAUGAUGCAGUUAGUACCAGGAAAGCCCCUUACGAGGACUCUUCUGGUAUAUUUUGGGACAAUGAUAGUUUGGCCGGUCUAUUGGCCCUGGAACUGAAGGCUGAUCUUCUUGUGUUGCUAAGUGAUGUAGAGGGCCUCUAUAGUGGUCCUCCUACAGACCCAAAGUCGAAGUUAAUCCGUACCUAUGUGAAAGAAAAACAUCAUGGAGAAAUAACAUUUGGAGACAAGUCUAGGGUGGGCAGAGGAGGUAUGACUGCUAAAGUCAAUGCUGCUGUGUGUGCUGCUUAUGGUGGAAUCCCUGUUGUUAUCACGAGUGGCUAUACAAAUGAUAACAUUAUAAGAGUGCUUCAAGGAGAUCGAAUUGGUACUGUCUUUCAUCAAGAUGCACAUUUGUGGACUCUCGCUAAAGAAGAAACUGCACGCGAGAAGGCUGUUUCAGCACGGGAAUCUUCUAGAAAGCUUCGGGCUCUGAGCUCUCAGGAUAGGAGUAAAAUAUUGCUUGAUAUAGCUAAUGCCUUGGAGGCAAAUGAAAGUGACAUUUUAGCUGAAAAUGAAGCUGAUGUUGCGGCUGCACAGGAGGCUGGAUAUGACAAGGCACUAAUAUCUCGGUUGGCCCUAAAGUCUGGGAAGAUUUCUUCACUUGCAAAAUCUAUGCGUCAUCUUGCUGAAAUGGACGAGCCCAUAGGGUGUGUCUUGCAGAAAACAGAGGUUGCAGAUGGACUCAUCUUAGAGAAAGUGACUUGUCCCUUGGGUGUUGUUUUGGUUGUUUUUGAGUCUCGACCUGAUGCCCUUGUUCAGAUAGCUUCAUUAGCAAUUCAAAGUCGGAAUGGUCUUCUGCUUAAAGGAGGGAAAGAAGCCAAGAGGUCAAAUGCUAUAUUGCACAAGGUCAUCACCAAAGCAAUCCCAGAUACUGUUGGUGGCAAUCUCAUUGGACUUGUAACUUCACGAGAAGAUAUACCUGAUCUGCUGAAGCUUGACGACGUGAUCGAUCUUGUCAUCCCUAGAGGCAGUAAUAAACUCGUUUCUCAAAUCAAGGAGCAGACAAAGAUACCUGUUCUUGGUCAUGCUGAUGGGAUCUGCCAUGUAUAUAUCGAUAAGUCAGCUGAUAUGGACAUGGCAAAGCGCAUUGUUCAUGAUGCGAAGGCAGAUUAUCCUGCUGCCUGUAAUGCAAUGGAAACACUUCUUGUACACCAAGAUUUGUUUAACAAUGGUCAGCUUAAUGAGAUAAUUACGCAACUCCGAGGGUCAGGUGUUUCUUUAUAUGGUGGACCAAACGCAGCAGUUUUGUUAAACAUUCCAGAGACAAGCACAUUGCAUCAUGAGUACAGUUCAAUGGCUUGCACAGUAGAAAUUGUUGAUGAUGUUUAUGCUGCAGUUGAACACAUUCAUACACAUGGAAGUGGUCACACUGAAUGUAUCGUUGCAGAAGAUAAGGAAGUUGCUGAAUAUUUCUUAACCCAAGUUGACAGCGCUGCUGUAUUUCAUAAUGCAAGUACACGAUUCUGUGACGGGGCUCGCUUUGGUCUUGGUGCAGAGGUUGGGAUAAGCACAAGCAGAAUUCAUGCCCGAGGUCCUGUAGGAGUUGAAGGACUGCUAACAACUAGAUGGACUCUGAGGGGAAAAGGGCAGAUCGUGGAUGGCGAUAAAGGGGUUGAAUACACUCACAAGAAUCUACUCAAAGCUUGUUAA